UGGUCCUUCAGAGGAUUCGUCUCUGACCGCCUCUUCACUCCAAGCUACGACUGCUUCCCAGUGGGAGCACUGCUCAGGGAAGAGCUCUGACGUUUUCCUGAAGAGAAAUUCCAUGGGGACUGUACCUGACUCUCUGAGAUCGGCUAAAACUUCCCUGAUCGCAGCUUCUGGAAAAGAAGACGAUUUAGGAGAGGUGCAGGCUGCCUCAUCUCCGCCUUUACCGGCCCUCCCGUGUAAGAACACUAAUGGCCUUCCCAGCGCUCCCGCAGAACCAGACCUCAGCCCCAGGGCAGCCGCUGAGGCCCUGAUGCAGGCCUGUGAGCAUGAGACCACCCAGCCAGACAUGUCUUCUCCUGGCGUCUUCAACGAGGUGGAGAAAGCGUCUCCCACACUCAACAAUCCUGGCAAUACCCAGCUGCCAGGAAGCAGUGAGCCCACAGCACCAGGCUUGUGUUCUGCAGCAGGAAAGGAUCUUAUAAAUGCAGGAUUUACGAUGCCAGCCAAUCAACGUACCCACCAGGCCAUCCCAGGUGACCAGCCCAACGCCAGCCCCUCAUCAGGACCUGAAGAUACCCUGGGGGAAUCACAAAGAACCUCAGAUGGGGAGCAACCUGAGAAGCCAAGUUGUCCUGUGGGGGGCACCCGUAGCAGCAGCAAAGAUCAAGUGCCCUGUGAUUUUCCUUCUCAAGAAACAAUCCAGGGAUCGGUGCAAACUGCAAAUACAGCAGCCAAGGUGUCCAGUCAUGCAUCGUCGUCUGACGGGGAGAGGCAGCGAGCUGUUUGUGACUCCCAGACCAGGUCCUGUGAACCUCCAGCAAGAGAAGAUGGAUGUUCAGGGAACAAACAGCCCUCGGCCACCACCUCAGACACCCAGGCUGUGACUUCUGUAACACCUCCACCAUCCCACCUUACUAGCAAAGGGUCGACGUUUCCCCCAGAUCCGGAGAAGGUGCUGCUGCCAGGACAGCAUCAGGUGUCAAAGUUCAAAGAAGCAGGUACGAUGACCAACCAAGCUGAAAGUGAGAUCAAGGAAGUUCCCAACCCGGCUCGGCAGGAUGCUGAGGUGCAGGCGGUGGUGAGUGUGGAGAGCAGAUCUGUCUCCACUAGCCCCAGCAUCCUCACUGCAUUCUUAAAGCAAACGCCUGCUCCUGAGCAUUGUGAACAAGAGCAGCUGCGUGUCAUUUGCCAUGGCGGCAGCGGCGGGAGCCACCCGUUGGAGCUGUCUGACAACACCCUCGCCCCCCAGGAGUCGAGUCGGUGCCCUGGCAUCAUGCCAGAGGUGCACAUCCAGGCAGCUGCAGCUGUUUCCACAGCUUUCCGAGGGGAAAGUAAAUCAGUGAGCCUACCAGCUGAGGUCCUUGAAACCUCAUCAAUCCGUGUGGCAUCCAGUAAUGCUCAGGAUACGUGUAAAGAUGAGAGGUCAGCAGGAAUGACCCCAGCGAGGGAAGAGCACACCUCUAAACAGCCUUCAGGAACUAACUCUAGCUCCCUGAAAGCCAGCCCCACUGACCAGAUUUCUCUCAGCGAAGACAGUCAAGCUGAAACAAGUCAUGGAUUGGGGAAAUUUGAAACCAAGCCAUCCGAGCUUGCAGCGAAAACCACAAAUGGCCACCAAACAGACCCAGACUGCAAAUUCUCCAUCUCCGCUGGCCCUGCCAGCAAAGCUGACCAGACCCGGAGCUUAGAUCCCAGUAAUAAAGGAGACGCAAGAGAGAAGAAGCCUGCGUCUCCUCGGAUAGUACAAGAACGAGAGUCUAGCGGCACGGUUGUCCUCGAUGCCAGGGCAGGGGCAGAGGGCAAGACCCUACUGCUCAAUCCUAAAUCUCAAGAAACUGAAGGCACAGGAUCGGCCGCCAGUCCCGCACCCUCCCCAGUUAGAAGGAACCAGGAGGGCGCCGAAGAAGAAAACAGGCAGGCCAAGACAGCCGCCAGCCUGAGCCUGCCGUCCGAUUCCGUGGGCGACUCCAGUCCAGGCUCCGGCAAGAGGACCCCUUCCCGCGCCGUCAAAGCCAGCCCGCGCCGGCCCAGCCGCGUCAGCGAGUUCCUCAAGGAGCAGAAGCUCAACGUGAGCGCCGCGGCCGCGCAGGUGGGGCUCACCGCCGGCGAGAAGAAGAAGCAGCUGAGCGCCGACGCCAGGCUCCAGCUGAAGCAGUCCAAGCGCGUCAGGGACGUCGUGUGGGACGAGCAGGGCAUGACCUGGGAAGUGUACGGCGCUUCCCUGGACCCGGAGUCCCUGGGGGUCGCGAUCCAGAACCACUUACAAAGACAGAUCAGAGAACACGAGAAACUCAUCAAAGCUCAAAACAGCCAGACCCGGAGAUCCAUUUCUUCAGAUGCUUCUUCAAAUAAAAAGCUCAAAGGAAGGCAGCACAGCGUGCUCCAGUCCAUGCUGCAGAACUUCCGACGCCCCAACUGCUGUGUUCGUCCUGCCCCUUCUUCUGUGUUAGAUUGAAAGGAACAUGUAUGGAGCCCUCGUAUGCAUUUACCGUCUAGUGAGUGUCCGCCGGUGUCAAAGCCUAAGUAGUUUUUUCCUGAGAGACGGGGAAGAGAAAGCGAGUAUUAACUAUAGGAAAUUGCUGUUGAGAAUUGUGAGGUCCUUUGCCUGGGGCUCCAUAAAUAAAAAUAUCAUUUCAAUUAGAAUAAGAGAAGAGAAGCAAUCUUCACUGAAGCUUUACGACCUUAAUUAAGAGGAAACAACAUUCACUGGGUUUUUUAAUAUGAUGUGGCUUAUAGAACUAUCAUUAUCAUUAUACAUGGGUCAUUUUGUAUUACUGCCUCAAUUUAUCACACUGUGGUAUCUCCAUUAAAGUCCCUGCUUUAUAUUAAAAAUAGCAAAAACACUGUUAGCAAAAACACUGUUAUACUUCCUGGUCCUGUUGCAAUAAGAAUGCUGUUACCACAUAAACUUUAAGUAGGUGAUAGAACUGUGAUGUAAAAAGUUGAAACAAAUUUGACUCAGAUGACAUUGAAUAAAAGCAUUUAAAUGCAUAAAAUAGCAAAUAGGAAUUAAUAUUUGUAAACAUCUGCAGAGAACCCUGUUUAUAAACAUUGUUAUACCUGUUAAUAAAUGUAAGAAAGUUAUAUUAGGAAAAUUAGCUAAGCUUUUGAACAUGAAGACUACCCACGUAAAACAUGAAUUUAUUUCUAUAGAUUUUCCUGCACUGAAGGCAGGGUGCCUCUCUGUGAUUAUGACCAGAUUAAGUUCAUAUUUCCUUACCCGAGAGGAAGGACAUACGACUGAAUUCUUGAAGAGAGUCAUCAAAUUAUUGAUAAUGCUAAAUUUUGUUGUACAGGUGUUCUCCAAUAACAUUCUACUGAGAAUGUUAAGGUUCUGGUAAGGAAUCAUAAAUAGUCAAUUACCAAACACUCAUUUUUCUGUGUUGAAAAAAGGAAAGCCCCCUGAGUAACAAAAACAAUAUGUUUAAUUUAGACACUUGUAAAAAGGAUGUAGUUUGGGAUUUUCUUUUGAUUUGGUUCAGUAGCUUCUAAUAGAAAAUGAAGGCAGCACCAAGUAGAACAUGAGCUUUCUUACAGUUUUUGUAUGUAGACUAGAAUCAGCUGAUUGCUUAAAUUUCUAAUCCGUGGUAAAAAGAUAACUUCUGCAAACUUGUUGAUUUUAAGAGAAAUACCAUCAUAUCUCAUCCUUCGAACCCAAUAAAAGAAGCGGCCUUUACUAGAACACUGUUUGAGCUUUGGGUGAGCUGUGGUCCUUGAGAACACAAGCAGCUGUUUGAGCUCAGCCCUCGCCUGUCUCCACAAGAGGAGCGUGUCCCUGGGACUCAUGAGUGUCUUGCAGGGCAUUGGCUGGGAUGACCAGCAAUGGCCUGAGGGUUAGGGAGUGUGGAAGAGGAGCAUGAGCUGGGGCCCGGGAAGCCUUCUCCUCCUGGAGCCACUGUAGGGAGAGCGCUGGUCUCCACCUUGCUCUUAGAAAAUCAGACUGUUAGACGUUAGAGGGGUGCUGGUUGCCUUCUCUGAACUCGUUCCCCUGGAUGAGCCAGAACACAGUGUCUGGCAGUGUGUUCUCUCUCCAGAGACUCAUAAAUGCCAUUUGUGUAGUAAACUCCCAUCUCCGUUUUGGCUUUUUUUUUUUUUUUUUUUCUAUUUUAAUUCUCUUUUGCAGAUUCUGAACAUAUGAGGGAAAAUCAUACCUCUACUUCAACACCACAAGCUACACUGGACACAACCUACAUUAGUAAAUAGCCAUUGAUAUCUUUCACAGCAAUUGGACUGAUAUGAAGCCUGCAUACGUGUAGACCACAGUCACAGCGUUCUCAGAGCCUGACAAUGUAAUUACAGUUGUUAUACUUGGAACUUAUAAUGAAUUUUUUAAUAAGGCAUAUUUUUCAGUAUUUUACCAAUUGGCUUCUAUUAAGAAUGCUAUCUAAAGUAGAAAUUAUCAUCUAAUUAGCAAUCAAAUUACUAUUAAUGAUUAGAGAUUUAGUCUAAAACUCUCUCUUUUGGCCUUAAAUACCCA